UCAAUUUAUUUAUUUCAUUCUUUUUUUGUUAGAAUAUGAUUCAAAUUAUUUACUUUCUUAUAUAUAAUAUAUUUCGAUUAAUAACGUGUAAAGUCUUUUAUUUAAAUGGGGACUGUUUAAAUGCAAUUCAACAACAAGAGUUUGACAUAAAUCAAGGAAUAAAUCCAAAUUUAAACAAUCAUGUAUCAUUUGUUAUUUAUUUAUAAUUAAAAAUGACUCUUAGGCUAUAUUUACGAAAUAACUACUAGUCCAGCAUUCGAGAUAUCUUCAGAUAUAAAAAUUCAGCCACUACAGCAACAGACUCUUUUAGAGCAACAUAGAAUAAUAAAAUCAUUU